GGCGUAUCAACCCCGGUAAACCGGAUGCUCCAUCUGCUGGUGACUGCCUUCAUUUUUUUCCCUCUCAGGGGUGGUGGCCGCUGUUUUGCUCCACAGUUCUCCCAAAUCAAGCUUACGAAAGCGUGGGAAUGUCGCGAGGAGAUAUCUGAGUAAAGUCGCGUUAAAGUACGAAAUAAGUUACUGUAAGUUCACCGCUCCUUCUUUCUCAUCGGCUGAGGUGUGUUGUAGCACCGGAGACCGUACCGGGAGGCUGUUGGGACGUUUCGCCAGGGAGCAGUUCCGGACAAAGGGGGAAAAAAAAAAAGAGAGCCGAGCUAACGUUAGCUAGCUCUUGGGCUAACUUAGCAUUCCUUUAGCRGCGGCGCAAUGCAGGCCAUAAAGUGUGUGGUUGUCGGAGACGGUGCUGUGGGUAAGACUUGUCUGCUCAUCAGCUACACCACCAAUGCCUUUCCUGGAGAGUACAUCCCCACAGUAUUCGACAACUACUCCGCCAACGUGAUGGUGGAUGGAAAGCCAGUGAACCUGGGUCUUUGGGAUACAGCAGGACAAGAAGACUAUGACAGACUCCGCCCACUUUCCUACCCACAGACGGAUGUGUUCCUUAUCUGCUUUUCUCUUGUGAGUCCCGCCUCAUUCGAAAACGUCCGCGCAAAGUGGUAUCCUGAGGUUAGACACCAUUGUCCCAACACUCCCAUCAUAUUGGUGGGCACCAAGCUGGAUUUAAGAGAUGACAAGGACACCAUGGAGAAGCUGAAGGAAAAGAAACUCUCCCCCAUCACCUAUCCCCAAGGCCUGGCCAUGGCAAAAGAGAUUGGUUCUGUCAAGUACCUGGAGUGCUCAGCCCUGACUCAGCGUGGCCUUAAAACUGUGUUUGACGAGGCCAUCCGGGCCGUUCUGUGCCCUCCACCCGUCAAGAAGAAGGGCAGGAAGUGCACUCUUUUCUAAGACUUCCAGCAGUGGAACAGUUUCUGGGAAAUAUGAUCGCUGGUGGUGAGGGGGGGUUAGUGGGAAGGGCUAAAGACACAAAAGAAACACACCAGUAUACACACACAAUGUACUUCAGAUCCUGUCCUUCCAUAAGUGUAGUUAGAGCUGUUUUCAUAAAAAAAAUAUUAACAAGCUCAGCUUUAGAAAUAAGGUUUGGACUAUUCAAGACUCCGGGUUUUUGUAUACUGUAUAGCUAAGASUCUGAACUUCUCGAGGCCUUCUAAAAUAGAUUGGAUGUUUUCUAAAAUAGACGGUGGAAUGUCAUGAGCUUACUUUACCACCUGUUCGUCUUUUAUUUGAUUUUGUUUGUUUACAGUCUUGUUAUGAGUUGAAGAAAUAUUGCCAAAUAAAAUCCUGCACACAUGAUGUAUUUUAGCCGCAAAGGAAAUUUAUCGUGGAAGUUUCAUCUGACAGUUUGCCGUCGUUUCAGCUCUUCGAUCAAAAAGGCAUUUUCGAGUUCACUUUCUCUUUGUGAAGGCGGUCGCAUCAUCUCACUGCCGUUGUGUGAAUUUUUUGAUGCUUAGGAUAACUUUUUGUGAAUCAUUUCCAUUAGUUUUUCAGCCUUGAAACGGAUACCAGUGCCCCCCAAAAAAGUGAAAAUUUAGACGAAUAGAGAAUCUGACAAUGUUUCUAAAAAAUAUGUAAAAGAUCAGUAUUUUCUGGAGUUUAUCCAAUUUGAGCUUUUCAAGUUUUUUUUCCCCCCUUCUUUUACUUUGCAUUAUUUACCCUUAAACACGUCUCACCUGUACAGCUGCCUUUGAGAGCAAAGCUGUAAACUUGAUUACAAAUUAGAACAGGAACCUUCAGAAGUUUUGGUGAUGGGGGAACAAGAGCGCCUUUAGUGCUCUGAGGGCAUUUAUCGAGUACCUUUUGUGCAGCACAUUUGAUUAUUUUCUUUUUAAGCAUCACUACUGGCUAACAUCACUAAGUUUAUCAUCUGCACCCUCUAACGGUAACCAAUCAACUGUCAGUUGUGGUGUAGACCACAGUGUACUCCUCUUCCUUUUUUUUGUUAUAAUCGUGAUUUGACUAUUUUGUAUCUUUCUUCACAGAAGUUAGACGCACUCACUCAUUAACUAACACUAUGAAUAUCUUUGUUUAUUACCUCUACAGUUAACUCUACUUUAAUCUCCCUACAAUAGCUAUUUUUUGUAAUUAAUGCUGAUAGCAUGUCUGUGCAUCAUAUACUGAAAACUAWGAUUAGAAAUGCUACGGUUGCCUAUUUACAAAAUGUAUUUGAAUUACUAGAUCAGGGGUUAAGUACAUGUUGGUCAUCUGUAUUGUAUCAGACAUCAAGCUGUGCUUUUAUUCAAGCCAAUGUUGUGACUCUUUAGUUUUAUGGAUUUAAAAACUAUUGUCACAUUUUGAAAAAGCCAAUAAAUUCCUGUAAAAAUCUUUUGUUUUGUUCUUUUAGGUCCUUACUUUCCAUUCUUUAUCAAACAUUAAAAUGGUUUAAUCAUU